AUGUCCUCAAAAAAACGCCAGCGUCUCAAGGCUAUUUCUUAUUCUUUCCAAGAUAGAGGAAAGUUAUCACAAAAAAAGGAUUUGGAUGUUGAUUAUGUUACUCACCAACCUACAAGAGACAGAAAGGGAAAGCCCUCUUGGGUUGAGUCUUGUGCUGAUGCGCUGUAUGAAACUUUGCCAGAGCAUACCACCAGCCCAAGGAAACGAGCCAGAGCAGUAGAUGCAGAAUCACCAGACAUCCCAGAAGAUGAUUUAAACCAAGAAAUGUUUGGUGACUUUGCUAUUGACGGAGAGGCUCCUGAGCAAGGGAGAAAAACAAAGACACAAAAUGACUUCAUAGCAGAGUAUCUCACCCACCGAGACACAUAUCUAGAUGUCAUCUUGGACUCAGAGAAAUUUGCCACAGGGAUCUGUGAGACUUGCCAAUGUGAAGAUGCUGCCUUCCAUUGCACAACUUGCACUGGCGACCACAGCUGGUGUCAGCCUUGCCUCCUCAAAUCACAUCAGUCAUUGCCUUUCCACAAAAUCCAAUUGUGGAACGGCAAGUGCUUCGAGGACGACACUCUUGCUGACCAAGGAUUUAUAUGGUACAUGGGCCACGGUGGAAAGUCUUGCCCUUUCUAUGGAGUUGCACAAAGUCACGUUGAUCAAGAUGCUCCUGUGAUUAUUGUACAUUCUUCUGGGGUGUUCACACACAAUGUGUCAUGGUGUCAAUGUCCAGGAUCACAUCAUGAACAUCACCUGCAGCUGCUCCAAGCAGGACUAUUUCCUGCCAGUACCACACGCCCUAGGACUGCUUUCACCUUCGAGGUACUGGAUCAUUUUCUCAUUGAUGCCUUGGAAUGCAAGACUUCAGCAAUGAGCUUCUUUGAGAAAAUCAGACGGCUGACAAAUAAUGCUUUCCCGGACACUGUCCCAGAUCGCUAUCGAGAACUCAUGAGAGUAUCUCGACUCUGGCGGGACUUGAAGAACCGUAAAUGGUUUGGAUUUGGCCAUGACAAGGAAGCGCCCCCUAGUGCAGGAGAUCUUGCCCUAUUUUGCCCUUCAUGUCCACAGCCCGGAAUCAAUAUGCCUCUUGUUUGGGAGCAACACCACAUGAAUAUAGAUUAUUCCAUUUGUAAUGCCAUAAAGCACGCUGCUGGCAACAUUGACAACUCCCUGAUCAUCUAUGAUGUGGGGUGUCAGUGGAACCUUAACUUUGGUCAACGUGUUGCCAACUGCCCUGGCUUGGCACUCCCAGACAACACCAAGAUUGUAGCUGCGGUGGGGAAAUUUCACUUGAGCGCUCAUAAACUUGCCUGUUUUGCUAGAUACAGCUUAAACUUCAUUCAAGGAGCUGGACAAGUUGAUGGGGAAAUUCUGGAGACACUUUGGGCUCCCUUUAACAAGAUAUCUCCCACAGCACGUUCUAUGAGCCAAGCUCACCGUCAAGAAAUUCUUGAUGAUCACAUGCGUAACUCAAAUUGGAGAAAACUUGUCAGAAUAGUUAAGACGCUCUUGAGAAAGUACAAACGGGCCAACAAGGGCAUUGAAGACACUAGGCUGCCGUUUGAAGAGCUUACCGGAUCUUUGGAUGUCAUCAAAGUGAGGGCAUGGGAAAAAGAUGAGGAGAAGGCAAAGGAUGAGCGUGGAGAACAUCUUGACAUCUACCAGCUAAAAAUAGAUAAAGCACCAACAAUGGCAGAAAUGCGGCUAAAAUUAACAGAAUCAGAACGUGCUGAUACAGGAAAGUUGGGAUCAAUUUCUUGGCUCAUUGAUGGCAUCAAUAUAGAGGAUUCGCAGGAUGCACUGAGGGUAGCUAUUCGGCAGCUUCCCAAAGAUGCUUCUGCUGUUCAAAGGGCUGCACUUCAAGAGAAACGACAAAAACUGGCUGCUCGGAUUUCUAAAUUUCAUGAAAUUGCUGAUGCUAUGACAGAGGGCAUUGAAGUCCAUGCAGAUGCGGUGGAGGAAGUAUGGGAGGCUGCAGAUAUUGAAGAUGUGUUGGAAGAGAUGGAUGAGGCAGUUCCUGCAGAAGUCAUGGCCAUUUGGAUGCCAUCUUCAGUGCCUCGAAAUGAGGCUUUAGCCCUGGGCUUGCACACUCUGCAAGCUGAAGAACUGGAGUUACGAAAGGGUCAAGCAAAUGAUUGCUUGGAAAAGUUGCGACAAGCUCUCGGUCAUAAAGCAAUAAUUUACCGUCAGCAUUUCCGAAGUGCAGAUUCCACAUGGACAGGAACCAGGUCAAAGCAGGAGGCUCUUCAAUGCCGUAUCAAGAUAGAGAAGUGUGUCCGAAGGUAUCAAAGGGCUAGGAGUUCAAUUCAGAGACUAGGGGCUGAUGAAGAUACUCUGACGACGAUCUAUCAAGACAUUCAGCUACACCAGCUCAGUGUUGACAAGGAAGUGACUGAAGAGAACAGAUAUGGGCAGGGAUCAGACAGACUGGCUUGGUUUUGGAGAGUCAACAACGGUCAUGAUUUGAAGGAAGAUGUGUGGAUGGAUGAAUUCUACAGGGUAAAUUGGUUGAAAGCUAAGGCUAGAUGGCAAAGGUGGGAGGAAGAGUUGAGAUUGGUCCAACACGAAAUGGGUUGGACAGUGAGUUGGUUUAAAUACAGGAUGGGAGAAUGGGACCAAAGAUACCAACAAGCUACAAAGCCUGGUCAUCAAGCUUAUGCACAUCGACAGGUGCUCUUGUGGGGAAGAUUUGCAUUGGAUGCUGAAAAUUCAUUCAAAGACAAGUUGAUUGUAGUCACUUAA